GAGUCUCGCUCUGUCACCAGGCUGGAGUGCAGAGGUGCGAUCUCAGCUCAUUGCAACCUCUGCCUCCCGGAUUCAAGCAAUUCUCUGCCUUAGCCUCCUGAGUAGUUGGGAUUACAGGCGCCCACCACCAAGCCUGGCUUUUUUUGGGUAUUUUUAGUAGAGAUGGGGUUUCACUAUACUGGCCAGGCUGGUCUUGAACUCCUGACCUUGUGAUCCACCUGCCUUGGCCUCCCAAAGUGCUGGGAUUACAGGUGUGAGCCACUGCGCCCGGCCUCCCAGGCGCAAGCUUUAAAUUACAUUUUAAGUACUUUAGGGCCAGGUGUAGUAGCUCAUGCCUGUAAUGCUAGCACUUGAGAGGCCAAGGCAGGAGGAUUGCUUGAGCCCAGGAGUUAGAGACCAGCCUGGGCAACAUAGUGAGACCUUGUCUUUACAGAAAAUUUUAAAAUGAGCUGGGUGGCUGGGCACGGUGACUCACGCCUGUAGUCCCAGCACUUUGGGAGGCUGGGGCAGGUGGAUCACUUGAGGUCAGGAGCUGGAGAUCAGCCUGGCCAACAUGGUGAAACCCUGUCUCUCCUAAAAGUACAAAAAUUAGCUGGGUGUGGUGACGCAUGCCUGUAAUCCCACCUAUUCGGAAGGCGGAUGCAUGAGAAUCGCUUGAACCCGGGAGGAGGAGGUUGCAAUGAGCCGAGACUGUGCCACUGCACUCCAGCCUGGGUGACAGAGACUCUGUCUCAAAAAAAAAAAAAAAAACAAAAAAAAAAUAUCAGGUAUAGUGGCAUGUGCCUGUAGUCUCAGCUACUCGGGAGACUGAGGUGGAAGGAUCAUUUAAUCCCAGGAGGAUGAGGCUGCAGUAAGCCAUGACUGGGCCACUGCACUCCAGCCUGGGCAACAGAGAGAGACCCUGUCUCAAAAACAAAACAGAACAAAAAAGUGAAGUACAUUAGGUCCCCAGAUCAUGCUAUAACUUUUUUUUAUAUUUAUUGGUCAAAUCAUAUUUCUCUUACAUAAAUAAUUUGAGAUACGUUAAACAGCAAGUUAAAUGUAAAAAGCAGAAAUUCAUCUCCAUAUAUUAUGUUAUCUAAAAUUUUAUUUCAAGUGAUCUUUAUAAUACAAUCUUUCAUAUUCUAAAAAUAGAACAUGAAUAUUUUUAGUCAAAGUCAAUCACUUCUUUAUCACAUACUACUCAAAAAUGACAAUUUAUUUAACAUUUCCUAGGUGUAUUUUGUGAGUUAAAAAAGGAUUAGGAAACCCUGCCCCAAUAUGACUCCUUACCUGAGAGAAACAGCAUCUCUGCACCUCACAGCCAGGCCAAGCCCUGUUAAUAUACUCUCCCAUGCACACAGCCAGAGUUCCUUAUUUAUAUAGUGUCUCCAAGCACCCAAGAGUCCGCCAGUUCUAAAGGGAAUUCAUCACUGUCAUCAGCUGGCCCUGGGUCUCCAUGGGUACUGUGCCUGUCUCCUGGGCAUGCCUUUUGCUGAACGUUACCACCCAUCUUCAACACAAAUACUCCUUCAAGAGACAGGCCAGGCCUGGGUUGGGGCUAGAGGUACAGAGACAUCUGGGACCCAGGUCCUGCCCUAAGGGGCACCGCACAGAUUACAGGAUGGUGUGAUAACUGGUGACAGUUAUAACUCGAACUCAACUGGGGCUAGUGUCUGAGAAGCUUGAACUCAGUGUAGGGGCAGGAAAGUACUCCUGGAGGAGGUGACGCAUGAUUAGGAGCCAGGGCCCCUAGAGGCGACGGUGUUCCAAACAUCAGGCUCGGCCUGUGCAAAGGCCAUGGGCGUCUAAGACAAUGACAUGUGGGGGACUGAGCCCAGCUCACUGGAAGCAAAGCAGGCUACACUGACCUGGGGGCGUCUAGGCCUUCGCUGCUUUCUACGUCCUCUGACCCAUCCCCAUCAGAAUCUCAACAGACUCGUCACCUCCAGGGCCUGCACUGCUCUCCCAUCGUUGCCCAAUUUCUCUCGUUCCCUAGGGAUGUUCAGGUCUGCCAGCACUCAGAUGGCAGGGCCUGCUGGCAUGCCCCAGGGUGAGGCUGUGGCCAGCGAGUCCCUCCUUUCGUCUCACAGUAGCCUGAGCCUGCAGAGCUGGCUCUCUAGCACCUAGCUAGAGACGGUUUGACCACAGUUCCCUGCGACCCAUGAUUCACUUUCGAGGGUACCCACAAGAGAUGUGUCUGCUCUUCCAGACGCCGCCCAAUGGGGUGAAGCGUCUGGCCCUGAGUCAGGAUGCUGGGGUGCUGGCCGUCUCAGCUACCCACUCCUUUGCAACCCCAGGCAAGCAAGCCCGUUCUCUCCUCCCGGCCAGGGGCUUUCUAGAUGAAAUCAGCUGAACCCCUUUACUCUCAGGGACCUAAAAUUUCGGCGACCAUGUGGAGCCGUAAACCCUUCUGCCUCCUGUCCUCCCAGCCCCGCACCCACCUGGCGUUUUCGUGUCACGGAACCUCUGCACGUGCUCUUCUCGAGGCCUAGAGUCCCUCUCUCUCCCUCUGGCCAACUCCUAUUUCAUCCCUCACAGACCCAACUCGAACGCCAUCAUCCCCGGAAAGCGGGGAUUCCUCCCUUCAGUCUCUGCUUCCUUAUCUUGCCGUCCUGCUCAGUGUACGCGCAGAGCCCGGGGCUGAGGGCCUCUGGGUCCCUGGCUGGGCGCGCGGCCAGGAGCGCGGCGGCGUGGGGAGCAUCAGCGGCUCUCGGACUCUGCCCGGGCGCGACGGGGUUAAGAGACCCGGGCCUUGAGGGCCCCGCCUCCGGAGCGCUCUACCCGCGUGGGGGAAGCCGUCCCGGAGGCUCCGACCUCGCUCCUGCUUAUGACCCUUGCAGCCACAGGAGCCCCCACUAAGGUGAACAUUUCGGACGGGGCCCCGGCGGUUCAGACCCGGAGGCGGCUCCUCCCGGAGACGGCUCCUCCCGGCGUCGGCCUUCGGUCCUCCCCGCCAAAGCCCUCUUGGGACAAGCCGGGGAUUCCCCACCGCCGCCCGCCCCCUGGCGUCAUGGAGUUCCCGCGAGGCCCCGCCCCGGCCUGGCGCCGUCCUGGGCGGGAGGAACGCGCCGCGAGACUGGAGAGCGCGGCCAUGGCGGGACCGGGCGUCCCCGGUGCCCCCGCAGCCCGCUGGAAACGCCACAUCGUGCGGCAGCUGCGGCUUCGGGACCGUACGCAAAAGGCGCUUUUCCUGGAGCUGGUGCCGGCCUAUAACCAUCUCUUAGAGAAGGCUGAGCUGCUGGACAAGUUCUCAAAGAAGCUGCAGCCGGAGCCAAACAGUGUCACUCCCACCACCCACCAGGGCCCCUGGGAGGAGUCAGAGCUUGACUCAGACCAAGUCCCAUCACUGGCCGCACUGAGGGUGAAGUGGCAGGGUGAGGAGGAGGGGCUCCGGCUGGUCUGUGGUGAGAUGGCCUACCAGGUGGUGGAGAAGAGCGCGGCCCUGGGCACCCUGGAGUCGCAGCUGCAGCAGAGGCAAAGCAGGCUGGCGGCCCUGGAGGCCCGCGUGGCGCAGCUGCGAGAGGCGCGGGCGCAGCAGGUCCAGCAGGUGGAGGAGUGGCGGGGGCAGAACGCGGUGCAGCGGGCAGCCAACGAGGCGCUGCGCGCGCACGUCGGGCUCCGGGAGGCGGCACUGCGCAGGCUCCAGGAGGAGGCGCGCGAGCUGCUGGAGAGGCUAGUGCAGCGCAAGGCGCGCGCCGCAGCCGAGCGCAACCUGCGCAACGAGCGCCGGGAGCGGGCCAAGCAGGCGCGGGUGUCCCAGGAGCUGAAGAAGGCUGCCAAGCGGACCGUGAGCAUCAGCGAGGGCCCGGACACCCUAGGCGAUGGGAUGAGGGAGAGAAGCGAGACUCUGGCUCUGGCCCCUGAGCCAGAGUCCCUGGAGAAGGAAGCUUGUGAGAAGUGGAAGAGGCCCUUCAGGUCUGCCUCAGCCACCUCCCUGACGCUGUCCCACUGUGUGGAUGUGGUGAAGGGGCUUCUGGAUUUUAAGAAGAGGAGAGGUCACUCAAUUGGGGGAGCCCCUGAGCAGCGAUACCAGAUCAUCCCUGUGUGUGUGGCCGCCCGACUUCCUACCCGGGCUCAGGAUGUGCUGGAUGCCCACCUCUCUGAGGUCAAUGCUGUUUGUUUUGGCCCCAACAGCAGCCUCCUGGCCACUGGAGGGGCUGACCGCCUGAUCCACCUCUGGAAUGUUGUGGGAAGUCGCCUGGAGGCCAACCAGACCCUGGAGGGAGCUGGUGGCAGCAUCACCAGUGUGGACUUUGACCCCUCGGGCUACCAGGUUUUAGCAGCAACUUACAACCAGGCUGCCCAGCUCUGGAAGGUGGGGGAGGCACAGUCCAAGGAGACAUUGUCUGGACACAAGGAUAAGGUGACAGCUGCCAAAUUCAAGCUAACGCACCAGGCAGUGACUGGGAGCCGCGACCGGACAGUGAAGGAGUGGGACCUUGGCCGUGCCUACUGCUCCAGGACCAUCAAUGUCCUUUCCUACUGUAAUGACGUGGUGUGUGGGGACCAUAUCAUCAUUAGUGGCCACAAUGACCAGAAGAUCCGGUUCUGGGACAGCAGGGGGCCCCACUGCACCCAGGUCAUCCCUGUGCAGGGCCGGGUCACCUCCCUGAGCCUCAGCCACGACCAACUGCACCUGCUCAGCUGUUCCCGAGAUAACACACUCAAGGUCAUCGACCUGCGUGUCAGCAACAUCCGCCAGGUGUUCAGGGCCGAUGGCUUCAAGUGCGGUUCUGACUGGACCAAAGCUGUGUUCAGCCCGGACAGAAGCUAUGCACUGGCAGGCUCCUGUGAUGGGGCCCUUUACAUCUGGGAUGUGGACACUGGGAAACUGGAGAGCAGACUUCAGGGACCCCAUUGGUACCUGAAUCUCUCUCAUCCAUGGAGUGUCACCAUUUUCUGAGGCUGAAAGUUCUUCCACUAGCACCGAUGGGAAAACUCCAAUACGCCCAUUGAAUUCCCCUUCCCAGAAGCCAUCGUCAUCUUGGUUUUCUUUGUUCAAGAUACGGAUUAUUGCUCCCUCAGGAAAAGAUAACUCAUCAUCUGUCUGGCCCUCGUAAUCAUAAAGUGCUUUCACAAAACAGACUAGGGAGCAAGAGAAAAACAAAUCUGGUAAGAUAAUUAACAGCUGGUUGCUUCUGCAACCACCCCUAUGCUCACAUGACAACUAAAAGAGCAUCAUACAGAAUAGGAUUAAAGUUGUAAUUUUUUUACUCAUUGAUGAAUGAUUAAGUUUUGGGUUCUACUGUGCAGGACAAAUGUGACCAUAUAAAGAAAAGCAUAUUAUAGGACAGGAGGAAAGUUGUGCUUUUUAUCCUACUGAAGGCUUACUCCAGGGCAAUACCGUUUAGGUCAAACGUGACCAAAUAAAGAGUGCCUUGUUUCAGUCUUUA